AUGAUGGGAUCAUCUACAGCCCGUGAGCUCGUCAAGCAGAUCACGCGAGACCAUGGCCAUCUCCCAGAGGAAACCCUCAGCCAGAUGGAGCCGCACAUCCGACGUGAAGUCGAGUACGCCAUGCUGCAGAAAGAUGGAAUGAUAGGGUCUUCGGUAAUCACUCUCGCAAAGAAUCUGUAUAACAGCAGCGCCCGCUUUGUGUUUGAACUGUUACAGAACGCCGACGAUAACUCUUAUACCACUGCGAAAUCAACUGAUACUGACCCCUAUGUUUCCUUCUCUGUCCACGAUCGGCGAGUAGUUGUUGAAUGCAACGAAGACGGUUUCACGCGUGAAAACCUGGUGGCGAUUUGCAACGUUGGCAAAAGCUCCAAGACGGGUGCCCAGGGAUAUAUUGGUGAGAAGGGAAUCGGUUUUAAAUCGGUGUUCAUGGUGGCAUGGAAAGUCCACAUUCAGUCGCGCGACUUUUCUUUCUCGUUUCGGCACAGAAAAGGGGAUUCUGGAAUGGGGAUGAUUUCGCCUGUAUGGGAAGAGACCGCUGAGGUCUUGACCCACCCUCUUACGCGCAUUACACUCUUUCUCUAUGACGAUGACACGGAUGAGAUGUUUGCUAGACAGCGGGAGAUGAUGCUUCAGCAGUUUCGAGAGCUUAAGGCGACCUUUCUUCUGUUUAUGAAGAAUCUCCGGAAAAUCGAGGUCAGGAUCUACGACCGGUCUGAGGAGGUUUCCUAUACAGCCUUCACCAUACAAGGCCAGCAGGGGUCUAGAGUUACAUUGAAGCAGGAAAUAACGCAAGACGGGAAUCUACAGAGGCACGAGCAAUACUACCAUACAACAAGGCUCACGGCCCACAAUAUACCGAGAAGCGAGAACAGAGAAUACACAGAUGCAGAAAUCGCAACAGGGGCGUAUGCCCGCACAGAUAUCACUCUGGCGUUCCCUUUGACGCACGAUUCAGUUCCUAUCAUCGAGCCACAGGAAGUAUUUGCCUUUCUGCCAAUACGGAACAUGGGCUUACCGUUCCUUAUUCAAGCCGACUUCGUGACGGAUGCGAGUCGACAGGAUAUUGUGAGGUCGUCCGCUCGAAAUAUCAAACUUCUUCCAGAAAUUGCCCGGGCUUUCUUGCAGGCUGUCAAUUGCCUUUGCACCCAGCCCAACCUGGCUUACCGGUGGAUGAGGUACCUGCCUGAUAUUGGGUGGAAUGCCCAGGAUAGCUUUUGGAAGGAACUUCCAUCCCAGCUAUACUGGCAGCUCCAGAAGUCUAACGUCAUGUGGACUCGGAGUCGUUCCGGGAUGCGCAGUGUGCGAGAUAUGCGCUUACUUCGCAUUAAGAUGCGCGAUAAGUUGGGAAGGCCAUUGUUUCCUGACUUGGAACCUGAACAGUAUCUGUCACCUUUCUAUGCACGAGAUGACUUGGAUCUUUUGAAGAGCUAUGGGCUACAGAUGAUGAGCGGAUGGGAAUUCGUCGACCGACUUGAGCAGGAUAUAAACAGUGGUGUUUCGUCAACCAUGCGACAUCGUGAGACCGACGACGACUGGCAUACCCGUGUGGCAGUGUUUUUGAUUAGUUUGUCGAGCCUCAAGGACCCAGAGGCAUGGGCGAGAAUAAGGAAGAUCAACCUCAUCCCAUUGAUGGGAGGACGUUGGGUGUCUGCGGCGUCCACGCAAUUCCAGCCCGUAUAUUUCACCCACGUGCAGGGAUAUGCCCUUCCAACAGACGGGACAUUCAGCUUGGUGGAACGCAGCGCAGAGCAAAACGUUCGUCGGAAAAGGCUCUUUUUGCUUCUUGGGGUUGAGGAGGCAUCUCUGCAAGAUGCCCGUCGCCAAAUUGUCGAGAAUAACACGUUCAAAUUUCCUGGGCUUGAAAACUCGCGAAUCCAUUUGCGGUUUCUCUACCUUACUGCACAUUUGAAUUCCGACAAUGAGCGCCAAUUAACCUCCAUGGGAUGGAGGCUCGCGGACAAAGGAUCCAUAUCCAAAUUCUGGUCAGAGGGGACGUGGUAUUUUCCAGAUGAGGGCCCGUAUAGCCCGCAACAGCUCCUUGAUGGAUAUGACCGUAAACCCUCGAUUCUGCAUCCACACUAUCUGCGCGACUGUCCAGAAAAGCCAGAAGAGGAAACUCGCUCGUGGAGGACGUGGCUAAGCGCAAUAUUCACCAUCCGCGACGUGAUACCGCUCACUUUCUUGUCGUUCGUCUUCAGGGCGUCGGGCAACCGAUAUUUAAGCACUGAGUGUGGGUAUAUAGCCAGAUCGUGUCCACGUAAAUUCUUGCCAUUCCUCCUAAGGUCGUGGAAGACUGAGGGGGCAGACAUCGAAAGCGAUCCCCAUCUUGUCGAGGUGUUGCUGAAGAUCGAAGUUUUGUGCGAGAACGGUAGGUUGUAUCCCCUGGGUAAAACAUACGUGCGCACUGCCCAGACGGAACAUGCCAAUGCAUUUCUUCGCGAUGGGGAAUUCUUUCCAUGGCUCAAGCUUGAUUCAGCAGACGAGGCAGGCGUUCCUGACAUAAGUAUCCUGACUACGGCAUUAGGGUUUGGAUACCCUAAGUCGGACCUCGAAUUCUACCUCACAAUUCUGGAAUUCGUUGCCGAUGCAAAUAAAGAUAAGACGAACGUGGUGGAUAUUCCUCGUAUAUUCGAUCUCUACACUCGAAUUCAAACCAGGUACCAUGAGUCUGUAACCCCAGAGAUGUCGGGAGAAAUGAUCAGAUCAGCCUUCCAGGCAAGCCCAUUGAUUUACAUUCCAGAAUAUGCUUUUGACCGUGCUAUCUGGAUCCGUCCUCAUGAAUGCUUCUGGGAAGCCCCCCCAUAUAUGCAGACCCUCUACCCAUUGAAGUCACGGAUCCAUGCGUUCACGAAGGAAAAAUCCCUGAGUGGUCUAUUCCGUGGUGCUCUUAAGAUAUCGAAUACCCAGGCUGAUAGCUUUAUAUCGGAGCUGGACUGGGCGCAGCGUUCUGACGUUAUCAACUAUCUCCUGGCGAACGGUCUCUACCAACAGCUUAACAGGAGACGGUCGAAGAUGAACAGCGACACUGUGACAAAGAUACGAGCGCAAUUCGAGGAUCUGCGACUCAUAUACUAUGAGUCUGGUGGUGACAAGAGGUGGUACAGACCCUCUGAAUGUCUAUGGUCAACUGUAACAGACAUCAAAGGAAUGGUCGCACUGAACGACGCAUAUCCAGGCCUCGCUGAGUUUUUCACCGAGUUCAUCGGUGUCCGGACUUUGACUCCGCAGAUGGUUCAUGAUAAACUUAUCGAAGAAGGAAACGCCCGAUGCUCACCCCAACAAAUAAAGCAGACAAUCUGGCUACUCAAUUCAUAUAUGCAGAGCGAGAGCAACACCCCGGAUCCAAAGGCAAUUUUACAGGCCAGGGUAUUCCCAGUGAGAUAUCCCAAUGGCAAGAUCGAAUUGUACAGCUCUGCCGUGGACUUCGCUAUAGCAGACCGCAAACACCUGUUAGAUUUGUUUUCUGGCAGGGCGAGAUUCCUAGACUUUGAUGUCAAUGAGGUGGCACGCUUGGAACCAUUUCUUCAGUGGACUGGACUGGAUAAGCGAUAUAUAUCAGCUUCUGUCAAGGAAAUAUCUAUGCUGCGCGGCGACUCACACAGGGAUCUGACUUCACCGGAGCGGAAUAUAGCGCGAAAGGCAUAUGGGUUACUUCGGCUCAGUGUUCAUUUCAGAAGUCCACGAGUCAGAAAUGGCGAACAAUCGUUCUAUGAAACACUGAAGAACAUCGACGUCCGCGAAACGGAUGGGAUUAGUUCCGAGUUGCAUUUCAACCAAGAUGGAAAGGAUAUCAUGGUUGAAGUCAGCAAGAGCGAGCUCCAUUUACGGGAGUCAGAGCAGGGGCUUUUAGUCUACGUUCCUCGUGAUAGAGAGACACAAUUCCUAUGCUUCCUUGACAGAAUACCACUUGCACUUAUGGAAUGGAUCAUGGCUGAUCCCUUGACUGGAAUACGUGAGCCGUUCGGUGACAAGACUUUAAAUGUUCUUUCGAUGGUGCUGCAGGCAGAGCCGAAGUAUGUCGGUGUGACUCUUGACCGGGCUGGUAUUAUGUCGGUUGAGACGCCAGAUGAUACACCGGCCGAGGUCGCCCGUACUGUGGAAGAUACUGCAGAACGGAAUAAUAGAGGACGUGACUUGUUCGAUGCUGGUGUCACUUCAGCAGUAUCCAAUGAGUUAUCUCCCAGUGCACAGUCCGUCGCAUCAACCCCUGAUGAUUCUAUGUCUGCUCGUUUUACAAGACCUUCAACUCCUUCACCAGUACCCAGCAGACCACAAUUCACCCCACAAGGAACACCUAGUAUAACUGAGAUUGUAUCUCCAGGCCGUGUGAUACCGCACCAGUCAGUCGAUGCGGCCUACCCCACUCUCCUUCGCAACGUUGUGGAUGUGGCCAGAUCCUCUUCAUUCCCGAGCAGGGGCUCUUUCGACAUGACAGCCCUAGCCAGCUCUCUCGACCCAUACAAUAAACCUUUCCAGCUUCGCGGGCUUGAAAAGACCUACCGGGAUACGCUCAUCGGAGCAGCUGGGGAGCUAUUCGUCUUCGAGAUAUUAUCCCAUCUAAGCCCGCCACUGCCCGGUUUCUCGCGAAAUAAUUGGCAAAGCACGAUUCGGAAAUACGUCAAGCUCCAUGAGGACUACGCCGAUCUCGACCCUUGGAACGGCCGGGAGACGGCUGAUAUCACCUACACUGAUACUGAAAGCGCACUGACCUUGUUACUCAUCGCUAAUGGAUACUUGGAUGAUACGUGGACAGGAGCAAGACCACACUAUUUCCUAGAGGUCAAGUCUACAACAUCCACCUGCGAGACACCGUUUUAUAUGAGCAGGCAUCAGUAUGAACGUAUGCAAAUUAUGCGAAAUGUGGCUCCUGACCCUGAAGAUCGAGCGAAUGUGUACGUGAUAUUCAGGCCGUACCAUCUCGGGCUCGAUUCAGCACGAAUGAAGAUAUAUGUUAAUCCCGGGCUGAUGGAGCAGAGUGGAGAGCUGGUGUUUACUGCUGGGGCAUGGUCUGUUGUUCCAGGGUUGGCAGUUUAG